UCCUCGAAAUUCUCCUCCCGUGUGUGUGUGUGUGUUUGUGUGGACGGACAGCGACGCGAAUAUUACUAAGCGUUUUUUUUUUUUCAGUUAACGUUUGUGUUUUCGGAGGGUUUUGUAUUUUUUUUUUUCAUCAUGUCGGGGAAAGAGCUGAACGGAGAGCUAUCAAAAGAGAUAAGUGACGCCAUGGAUGAGCUGGAGAAAUGGAAAAAAUUAGUGGAGGUUGCAGAUACAGAAAAAUCCAGAUUGCUUCUUGAGAAAAUGGACUCAGAUGAUAAAAAGAAAAAAGCCAUGCAGGAGACUACAGACUUGAUGCAUGCUGAAGAGCAGAUGGCAGAGAGCUUCAACAAAACAAAAAUGAAUAUACAGGUGGAAAUAGAUAAUAUGACAAGAGCUAACCAGGACCUGGAGAGAACACUAGAGUCCUAUAAGGAGCAGCUGAGAGCUAAACAGGCUGAAACAGACAAUCUGCAACGGAGAUUUAAGAUCAAAGCUCAGAUCCCUGAGAAAAGAAUGAAAUUUACUCGCGUCGAACAAAACGAGGUAGAUGAGCAUGAGGAUCAAGAGGAAGCUGAUCAGGAGAUUAAGGCAGUGUUCACCAUCAUCCAGAGACCCUCCGUCCUGUUGAAAGGUGGCGAAGCUCUCAUCACGUUUGAGGAAGAGAAAGUGGCGGAUCAGAUCCUCAGGCUGCCGAAGUGCACUGUGACCUGCGACACAACCAAGAGUGAAGUAAAACCAGGCACCUUAAAUCUUGAGCCCUCUGCGAAGUUUGAGGUUCACAUUAAUGUGUCCAAAAGGACCAUCGAGUUCUCAAAUGCUGAUGCUUUUCUGUCUGAGGAAAGAAUGAAAGACCGCUUGGAGCUCGGUUUCUCAAAACCAAGCCGUGGUGGAGGCGAGGUGGAGAGGAUAGAAUAUGACAUGAAGACCGGAGCGGGCCGUGUUACCUUCCUCAAUACUGGAGUUGCAGAGAAUUUGGCGCUUAAGGGAGGUUUCUACAUGGACUGCCUCAACGAGAUGGAACUUAGCGUGGCACCAGUCUAUGACUACCAGCUGAAGAAGUUUCAGACCUUCUUAGGAGUACCGAAGCGUACAGUUCUGCUCAGAGGCAUUCAGAAUACGAGCGAUGAAGAAGACAUUCAGGACCAUUUGGAGAUCCAUUUCCAGAAGCCCAGCAACUAUGGUGGAGAAGUGGAGAGCAUUAAAUAUGUCCCGCAUGGCAAGAAAAUGAAAGCGUUCUUCAGCGAAGACUGCAGUGAAGCGGAAGGCCAAUAAGCUGAACAUCUGCACACAUCUGCACAGAGCUCUUAACAGCUGAGAAAAACAAGCCCUGUUAUACAGUAGAUCUUUUCCUAUACAAUACAUAACGCAGGUAUAUCUAGUAUCAUCAGUUAUAUCUUUAUUAAGGACUGGGGUAUAAUUUGUCCUUUCUUAAAACAGAGUAAACUCUAUUAGCUUGAACAAAUAUUGAUGGAUUUCUAAACAAUACUAUGAUUGGAGACAGGUCGUGCUAAGUGACACCAUUUUUGACAAUUAGUUUUUUCUUCUUUGCUUGUCUUUAAGCUUGAUAUGCUUCUUAAAUCAUUAAAUAAAUCUUGCUCUA